AUGAUUUACCUAGUUAAGAACUCUUUUGUUACACUAAAGAAAGAAGUAAACAAAAAACCUCGGAGGCUUCCUUACUGUCAUCGCUGCAACCAUCAGCGCCCAGGAAGGCGCCCGCUGAGCGUGGCCCUUGAGAGCCAGGCAGGCCCCCGCUGCCCGGUGCCCCGAGGACGCGGCCGCUCAGGCCUGGGCCUCCGAAGGGGCGACGCUCCGCCGCGCUCCCGCCGGCAGCAGGGCGGCACUGCCCGGGGUCCCGGCCACUCCGUGGCCUCCUGCGCUCGGCGGCGGCUGACGGGGCGGGAGAAUCGCGACCGAGAAGGCGGCAGCGGGGAGGCCGGACCCGGCGGGUGGGGAGUGCGUCCUCCCGGCUCUCCCUGCAAGGGACGGGGCAGCGGGGGUGCACGUCGGCCGGGAAAAGGGGGUGGCUUGGUCGUCACGGUCGGAGGUAAGAAAAGUUCACGCAGGAAAGGCUCCAAAGCAAGUGCGGACCCCAUGCAGUGCCCUCACCUGCCCGGGCGCUGCUCCCGAGAGAGAGGAAGAGUUUUGUUUGUUUCGAGGAUUUGACUCAAUUCUGUUGCCAGAUUUGAAGGAAGAAAGACGAGGAGAGAAAGAACAAAGAAAGGGGUAACCGAAAACGCGUUUAGAGGACAAGUUUAAACAUAUUUGUCAAGGCGGAGAUAUGUUCUAUCUCGGCAUUUGAAUCCUGGAUUUCUGUGUAAGAAAUUUUAAAAUUCUUUGUGAGAGUGGCGUUUUUGCAGACUCCUCUAGGACAAAUCACUGUGGAAGCAACUGUGAUCGUGCUGAACGACAAACAUGCCAGGCAGAAGUUCAGUCCCAGAUGUGUAUUUUGGUUUGUGUGGUAUGAUACGCAAGCCUUUUUCAAAAUCUCAAUAAACUUUA